AUGGCAAGACAAAACGAAGAAUGGGACGACGAGGAUGAACAUGAGGAUAUUCCAAUUACUCGAAGACAAAAAGAAAGGGAAAUGGCUGAUAAGAUUGCUAAAACAUUAUUGCCAAGUCAAAAAAUAAAGUUUAGUCCUGUUAAGGGUAUCCUAAUAUCUGAAAUUAUUUUUCAAACUCUUCAACCACGAAAGAAUUUCAUUGAUACCGUAAUUCACGAAUUAGCCCAUGCUUCGGAUGAUGUUCGUUUUCAUCCUGAUUUUGACCCUUGGUCGUUAGAGUUUCAAGAGUGA